AUGACAGUGUCUAAUCGAACGAGAUCUAAAGCGGGUAACUAUACAGAGGCGGGCGUGUCGAAACGCAAGUUACGCAGUGGAGGCGAAUCCGAAGAACAUCACAAGGGCCCUCUGCUGUGCCUAGCAUUCGGAGAGCACAUAUUUUCUCCGGAGGGCUGGAUACUUGGCUCAGCGGCGGACACUGACACCUGUGACCUCCAGCUCGCUAAGGACAACACGACCGGUAUAAGCAGACGGCACUUCCGAAUCGAUACACAUCCAAUCACGUGCAACCCGAGAUUGACGGUAUUGUUUGCGGGUGCUAUCCGCCUCGUCGAUGAGGACUGCAUGGUAUCCCUCUGCCAAGGAAGGUCCAUAGAUAUUUCCCGCAUGGCCACCAUCGACUUCGGGGCUAUCACUACUGAGGACGAGAUGUACAGAAGAAAGGCUCUGGAUUGGAGCAGGGAAGUCCUCGCUUCCUUGCCCAGGUCUUUCCCUCCGCUGAACGCCAAAGGAACGACUGCCUCCGUUAUGCUCGUGGAAGAACGAAUAUCCGGGGCAGUAUUUGGUGCUAAAGAGCCGUACUAUAACACCAAUGGCGACUUCGGCAAGGUGAGAAACCGGUGGGAGGAACUAAGAAGGGAGUAUGAGAAUCAUCAUAUUAGAUCAUAUGAGCAAUUACUUUUUGCCUCAGUAUUGUGGUGA